GCCCUGGCUCUGGUGGCCCUGACUACCACCAACAGCAACAAUAUUACUCACCAUCACCAUGAAUAUAUUAAGGUUCACUUCAAGGUUCUCCAACAUUAUAUUUGUUCCUAAGAAUGUCAAGUAUAUGCAGAUUCAGCCUUACUUAAAGCGAACAACAGUCACAGUAGCCAGUAAAGGAAUUCAAGGUGCAAUCGGAGAUGAAAUCCCAGAAGCUGGCAGGAAGUGGGUUGGGCGAUGGCUUUAUGGCUGUUCAGGCAUGGUCUUCGGAGCAGUCGUUCUGGUUAUGUCUUGUCAGGCGGGUUAACACGCCUGACAGAGUCUGGUUUAUCCAUGACUGACUGGCAUCUGUUUGGGAAGCGACCACCAGUGUCCCGGGAUGAAUGGGAGAAGGAGUUCAGCCAGUAUCAAGCGUUCCCUGAAUACAAAUUGAAAAACAGAGAUAUGACCCUAGAGGAGUUCAAAUUUAUAUGGUGGAUGGAAUAUGGGCAUCGCCAGUGGGGUCGAACCAUUGGCACAUUCUUCCUGUUGCCUGCUGCCUACUUCUGGCAUAAAGGCUGGUUCACUCGAGCAAUGAAGAAGAGAGUUGUCGCCUGUGGGGUUCUUAUUGGCUUUCAGGGUCUGCUGGGAUGGUACAUGGUCAAGUCUGGUCUUGAGGACCGUUUUAAAGACCCUUCAGAUGUACCUAGGGUCUCACAGUACCGACUGAUGGCCCAUCUUGGAUCUGCAUUUGUCCUCUACAGUCUUUUUCUCUGGAAUGCUCUUGCAGUAACCUAUCCUCCUCAGAAAAUUCAACAGGUAACUGCACAAGCACGGAAGUUCCGCAUGCUUGCUCACAUGACUAAGGGCUGGGUGUUCAUCACAGCACUUUCAGGAGCUCUGGUAGCAGGGCUGGAUGCAGGAUUGGUAUACAACUCCUUCCCAAAGUUUGCUGAUCGGUGGAUUCCCAGUGACCUCUUGGCCUUAUCCCCAACACUAAGAAACUUUACUGAAAACCCCACAACAGUACAGUUUGAUCACAGGGUUAUGGGAACAGUCUCGGUGUGCUUAGCCACAGCCUUAAUGCUGUGGUGUCGGAGAGGGAUGAAACUUCCACCGCGGGCAUACACUGCUGCCACAGCUCUUGGUGCUGUUACCUGGAUGCAGGUUGGCCUCGGCAUUUCAACAUUGUUACUGUAUGUUCCUGUUGCACUGGCUGCCAUGGGAUCAAUCUGGCUCACUCCGACACUCUCCUGUGCUCUCUGGCUCACUCAUGAACUAAAAUAUGUCAAGAAGAUCCCUAAGUAAACCAAGGUACAGGAAAAAGUUCAGUGUAGUAUGAUGAUAGAUAAAGUUAGAGCAUUAGUACUCAUAGCUUAUUAAAGAAUCACAGUAUGUAUACUUAAGCAUA